CAGCUUUGAUUCUCUUGAGCACAGCGGUUGACAACAUCCGGAAGUGCCAUCGUGCAGUUCAUGCUACAGUGGCAGACUUGACUGUUGUCUACAAACUUUGGACUUAGUGUAUGAUUGAGAACCGUCGACUUACAUUGAUUCACCAAACUUCAGUUUGUUGAAGUCAAAAUGGCUGAUCCAGGCGCCGAUCAGCCCAGUGGUCAGCGAGUUCCAACCCCUGGAGGGAGCACUGCAGGAGUACUGAUGAAUCGCCGACCUUCAUCUGCCAUUACUCCUGGACGUCUCCCUACGAUGAGGUCCAGAGACCUCACACUAGGGGGAGUGAAAAAGAAAACAUUCACGCCCAACAUUAUCGGUCGUAAAACCAAGGAAGAAACAAAGGUUGAAGAUGAGUACAAAAAACAGAGGAAAGAUGCUGGUCGAGGACGGGGUCCAAGAGAGAGAGGCAGAGGCCGAGGUCGUCCAGAAGUCAUCCAGUCCCACUCCAUUUUUGAGCAAGGCCCUGCAGAGAUGAUGAUGAAGAAAAGAGGCGGUUAUGAGACUGAGAAAGAUGCUCCUAGUGUGGGGCCAUCGCCCAUUAUCAACAUUAAAAAAGAAAAGAGAGAAACAGAAGAAGAGACCAAAGAGAUCCUGCGAAAUCUUGAACGAGACAAUUUUGUUGAUGAUCCCUUCCUAAAGAGUGAAAGGAGGAGCUGCCCUGUGCAGUUACCUCUUGCUGUGUCCGGUUGGGGGUUCCAGGAGGAAUUUAGUGAGGUUAAAAUUGAGAAGAUGGAGGAGGAGUGUGAUACCCUGGAUUCCACAGUAAAAGUUAAACAGGAACAAAUGGAGAUAGACACGAAGAAAACAGAGGCCGCAUUCAGACCUCCUCCUCUCCCUGAGCCUGAACACCUGCCUGAUCUGCUGCAUAGAUGGAGACUGAGCAAAGGCGAGGAGCUCUUCUUCAUUCAGCUGCCUGACUCACUGCCUGGUCAACCGCCCACCAAGGAGCACAAGCCAGUGAAAACAGAGGUGCAGUCACAGGACGGACAGUCUGUGCUGCUGAAAACUGAUCCUCAGGAGGAGGAAAAUGAAGACAACAGCUGUAAUCUGAAAGACCUGAGGGAGGGUCUUAUUGGGAAGAUGCUCGUACGGAAAUCUGGCCGUGUACAGCUAAUAUUGGGUCAAGUGACACUGAAUGUGUCUCUUGGAACGUCAUGCUCUUUUCUUCAGGAACUUGCCUCAGUCAGUGCAGAAGGAAGAUCUGGUGAUUUGUCUGUGUUGGGAAAUGUCAAACACAAAAUGGUUUGCUCUCCGGAUUUUGAGUCUCUACUGGAGGCCAGAGCUCUAUGAAGGCAGCGCAUUCACUGAAGUCACCGUUACUAUAUCUAUCUAUUCUGUACAGGAUGAUUAUCAUAACCAAACGAAUUAACAUUUGGUUGGUUUAAUUUACAUUGCACGCUAAUUCAGGGUUUAACAGUGGAGCAGUGCACCAAAUUACUGUACAAUGUUCAUUCAUCUGUAUGUAAAAUUAUGCAAAAAGAGUACAUGAGUGUAAAAGUGUGAAUAAAAAGCUUUUCUAUCAA